GGAGGUCCACCUGUGCGAUGCAGGGGAGCUAGCAGGGCGGGCAGGGAGGGGGCACCACAGCCCCAGUUGCGGGUGGGACUUUGGAAGGGGGCCUCAGCCCGGCGGCUAGUUCCCGAGGAGUUGGGGUGGUUCCCCAGGAGGGUUCCGAGACUUCUGAGGGCGGGGCACGGAGCUGCCCCAUGGAGAGGGGCUCUUGAGCCGGGCGAGCGGAAAGCACGGUGCCCCUCAUCCGCGGGAGGUUGGAGGUGCCCGCGGGGGAUGAGGGUGGCCCAAGGCGUGGUCCUGAGUGGCCGCUGGCUAGUGUGCCCGUCCAGAGAGCGGCCGUGCCUGGGCGCUGCGGCCAUGUGGUGGCUGCUGGUGGUCUUCUCCCAGCUGGGCCCGGCGGCCGGGGACAACGUGACCAUCGCCGUGGUCCUGCCAGAGCACAACACGGCGUACCCGUGGGCCUGGCCGCGGGUGGGCCCCGCCGUCGAGCUGGCCAUCGAGGAGAUCGCCCGCCGGCCGGCCCUUCUCCCCGGCUACGCCGUGCGGUACGUCUUUGGCACCAGCGAGGACGGCCACGGGGUCUGCUCGGAUUCCGUGGCCCCCCUGUCCGCCGUGGACCUCAAGAUGGGCAGCAACCCCGACGUCUUCCUGGGGCCCGGCUGCGACUACUCCUUAGCCCCCGUGGCCCGCUUCACCGGGCACUGGGGGCUGCCGCUGGUGACCGCCGGGGCAGGGGCCGUGGAUUUCGACAACCGGGGCAACGGGUACCCCUUGACCAUCCGGACCGGGCCCAGCUACAGCAAGCUGGGCGUGUUUGCCAUCUGCCUCAACCAGCACUUCAACUGGACCAGCCGGGCCAUGCUGCUGUACCAGGACAACAAGACGGACGACCGGCACUGCUACUUCACCAUGGAGGGUCUCUACAUGAAGCUCCCCUUGCUGAACAACAUGACCGUGGAGGACAUCCCUUUCCUGAAGAGCAACUACACCUUGCUCAUCCAGCAGAUCAGACAGAAGGCCCGGAUUGUGUACGUUUGCUGCACCCCACACAUCUUCCGCGAACUCAUGCUACACGCGCACCGCGAGGGGCUCACCGCCGGCGAGUACAGCUUCUUCUACAUCGACCUCUUUGGGGCCAGCCUGCAGAGUUCCCGCUUCCCCGAACGGCAGCUGCCCUGGUGGCGUGGGGACGGAAGAGACACCCUGGCUCAAGACGCCUACAAGGCUGUGAUGAUCAUCACCUACGCUGAGCCCACAAAUCCUGAAUACAGGCCGUUUCUGAAGAAGGUCAGAGAAGGAGCUCGAAGGAAAUUCAACUUCACCAUGGAGCACGGGCUGAAGAACUACAUUACAGCCGCUUUCUACGACGGGGUGUUGCUCUAUGCCCAAGCGCUGAACGAGACUCUCGAGCAAGGGGGGUCCAUCCGCAACGGCACCGCCAUCACCCUCCAGAUGCGAGACCGGGUUUUCUGUGGGGCCACGGGGUGUCUGAAGAUUGAUGAGAACGGUGACCGAGAGACAGACUAUUCGCUCUGGGACAUGGACCCCAACUCUGGAGAGUUUGAGAUUGUUAUUAAUUACACCGGGACCACCAAGAAGCUUGAGAUAGUGCCCGGGAAGGACAUCCAUUGGCCAGGGAAUGCCGUGCCCAGAGAUGUGCCGCUCUGCGGCUUUGAGAACGAGAAUCCCAUCUGCCACAAAGCCUCCUUUUCCUUGCUGGAGAUCCUGUCCCUUGUGAUGAGCUUGGUCCUCCUCGGCAUCACCAUCAUGGCUUUCUUUGUGUACCGGAAACUGAAGCUGGAGAAGGAGCUGGCGUCGGAGCUGUGGCGUAUCCACUGGGAGGACGUUCAGUCCAGCAAUCUGGAGAAGAACCUUCGCAACAUGGGAAGCAAGCUCACCCUCUCCUUGAGAGGUUCGAACUAUGGGUCUCUGAUCACUACAGAGGGGCAGUUCCAGGUCUAUGCCAAGACUGCUUACUACAAGGGCAACCUUGUGGCAGUGAAACACGUGAACCGGAAGCGCAUCGACCAGACGCGGGACGUGCUCUUUCAGCUGAAACACAUGCGGGACGUUCAAAACAAGCACCUGACGCGCUUCAUCGGAGCCUGCAUUGACCCCCCGAACAUCUGCAUCCUGACAGAGUACUGCACUCGUGGCAGUCUCCAGGACAUCCUGGAGAACGAUAGCAUCACGCUGGACUGGAUGUUCCGCUAUUCGCUCACCAACGAUAUUGUCAAGGGGAUGCUCUUCCUCCACAACAGCGCCAUAAACUCCCACGGCAACCUGAAGUCCUCCAACUGCGUGGUGGACAGCCGCUUUGUGCUCAAGAUCACGGACUACGGGCUGGAGAGCUUCCGCCAGGCGGCCGACUCGGAAGACUCACAUGCGCUCUUCGCCAAGAAACUGUGGACGGCCCCCGAACUCCUGCGCAUGGAGUCGCCCCCCUCCCAAGGCACCCAGAAAGGGGACGUCUACAGCUUUGGGGUCAUCUUGCAGGAGAUUGCCCUGCGCAACGGCGUGUUCUCGGUGGAGGGCAUGGACCUGAGCCCCAAAGAGGUCAUUGAGCGAGUGAAGAGCGGUGAGUGUCCCCCCUUCCGCCCUUCUGUGAACCUGCCUGGCAACUUGGAGGAGGUGGUAUUUCUCAUGCAGCGGUGCUGGGCGGAAGACCCCCAGGAGCGCCCAGACUUCCACCACAUCAAGAGCAUGCUGCGGAAGUUUGACAAGGAGAGCAGCAGCAACCUUUUGGAUACGUUGUUGUCACGCAUGGAGCAGUAUGCCAACAACUUGGAGGAGCUGGUGGAGGAGCGGACGCAAGCCUACCUGGAGGAGAAGCGCAAGGCGGAGGCCCUGCUCUACCAGAUCCUUCCCCACUCGGUGGCAGAGCAGCUGAAACGGGGCGAGACGGUGCAGGCCGAGGCCUUCGACAGCGUCACGAUCUACUUCAGCGACAUUGUGGGUUUCACGGCACUGUCCGCGGAGAGCACGCCCAUGCAGGUUGUGGCCCUGUUGAAUGACCUGUACACCUGCUUUGAUGCCAUCAUCGAUAACUUUGAUGUGUACAAGGUGGAGACCAUUGGCGACGCAUAUAUGGUGGUGUCCGGCUUGCCGGUGCGUAAUGGCCGCCUCCACGCCCGCGAGGUCUCCCACAUGUCGCUGGCGCUCCUCGAGGCCGUCCGGAACUUCAAGAUCCGCCACCGGCCCGAGCAGCAGCUCAAACUGCGGAUUGGGAUCCACAGUGGUCCAGUCUGCGCAGGCGUCGUGGGCCUGAAGAUGCCUCGGUAUUGUCUCUUUGGCGACACGGUCAACACAGCCUCCCGCAUGGAGUCUAAUGGAGAAGCCCUGAAGAUUCACCUGUCAGCUGCCACCAAAUCCAUCCUGGAAGAAUUUGGCUGCUUUGAGCUGGAGUUCCGUGGCGAAGUGGAGAUGAAGGGCAAGGGCAAACUGCGGACGUAUUGGUUGCUGGGGGAGCGUGUCAGCAGUACACGGGGCUGAGGUGUGGUGAGACCCCUAUAACACGAUGAAGACAGCCUGUUUCCUUGAUGUUUGGGGUCAGAAGUACACCUUCUCAGCGGCAGUACUUCCAAAGACUCUUUGAGGAACCCACAGCCUGAGGUCCGGCCAGCAACGGGGAUCCCGGACUGAGCCCCCAGGACCCUACCCCCUUGGCCCCACAUAUCCUCCUGGACUUUUUGAGCAUGGCUUGUCCCCACCCCCGUGCCACCAGUGUCUGGCCCAGAUUCCACACUGCGCCCCAAAGACUUGACUCUCCGCAGGUGACUUCGGCUGGAGCCUAGCAAGGGUCGGGUGUUCCCUUCGCAUUUUUGUUUUGUGUGUGUCAUCAAGGACCCAUUUCCCCCACCAAGAGCUAGAAUGUGGUGGGCCUCUGCCUAACCCCUUGUCUCGGCCCUAACAAACUCUGUGCCCUGGACUACCCCACUCAUUCCCAGGGGUCAAUAUUGGAAACAGCAUAAUGAACUGGGUGCUGUAGCCAGAUCGGGAGGAGAGGAGAGAGGACACAGAGCCCUCUGUUCCCAAAGUAAUAGAUUUUGUAAUAAAAUGAAUGUAUGUGUCA